UUUAAAGACCACCUAAGCAGUUCCCAAAGCCAUCAACUCAACUUACAAACUUUGCAUUUUGUAUUUAUGAGUAUGAACCACCAAAUCAAUUACUUUUAAACACACUCUCCACAGUACCACCACCCAAUGGAUCACCCUAAAAACCCAAAUUUUCCUCCAAAUUUUAGCUUUUGAAAACAAAAAUCCCAUCACACAUUCCUUAAAAUCAAAUUUAAAGAAAAAAAAAACAUGUCUUCUUAUGGGGUCACCUUCCCUCUCUUGCUGUUCUUGCUGCUUAAUGUCAUCACUUACAGUGAAGCAACUACAAAAGUAUCCCAAGUAAAUGGGUCUGAAAUUACUCAUCAAAUGAUGCCAUUAAUGGAGGGAGAGAAGGUUUUGGACACAAGGCUUAUGUUUAAUGAGAGCAGGAGAAAAUUGGGGAGUUUUCAGAUAUGUGCACUCUGCACUUGCUGUGGUGGUGCUAAAGGUCUUUGCUUGCCUUCUCCUUGUUGUUAUGCCAUCAAUUGCAACAUUCCAAACAGACCCUUUGGUUUCUGUUCAUUCACUCCCAAAACUUGUAAUUGUUUUGGUUGCCAUUAUUAGUUCUUAAUUUGUUUUUUGGUUAAAGUUUGAUUCUUGGAGGUGGUCAGUCAGUCAGUCAAGUUAGCUUCUUGAUUCUGUUGAGAGUGUGAAUGGGAAGAACUAAGAAGAAUAUAUGUUCUUCAUUUGUUUGUUUAUAAUUCUAUUAUUUUAUUAAGAAUCUGAAUUAGGGUUGAGUUAAGAGUUAAGAGUUGAUUUGCUAUUUCCAAAGGGAAAAAAAAGCAAAGGUUUUGCUAUUUCCAGUGGGAAUUGUGUAUAAUUUUUUUAUGGAAAUAGCAUUGCCUUAAGAAUUAAGAUAGUGGCAAAUGCUAGGAUUAGCAUUAUUUAGUGUAUUUGAGAGAAACAUUUGUUCUUUGUUUAUUAAGCUAUUGCUGGUGUUUGUGAUAA